AGAAAACAGACUGGAAGCAGGACCUGUUGGAUUACCUAAUGAUGUAUAACGCAACACCACAUACAACAACAGGAAAACCGCCAGCAGAACUUUUCUUUAGGAGGCAAUUCCGAGACAAAAUACCAGCAGUGAAAAAUACAGUAAAGGAAAAUAAGUUGGUACCAAAUUUCAACUCAACCCCUCAUACGGUGGUAAAGAAAAAUGGUAGUGACGUCCAAGUAGAAAACGACGAAACUGGCCAGCAAUACAGACGUAAUGUCGUCCAUUUAAAAAAGACAGAGGGGCAAUGGAAAGUAAUAAACACUGCAGGGGAUGAGGAAACUUCACUUGAGCAAAAUAAUGAACACCAUACUUAAGUCGUAACAUUGUACAUUUCACACACAUAAAUACCUAAAAAUCUUAUUUAAAG